CCUCGGACACAAAGCGACCUCACAGGAUCAGAUCGGCUUCACAUCACAGAAACAAUCAGCAGCACAGGAGAACGACGACGAGAGAAACGACAAUAACUUCACUUCAGACUCAAAACUUUAACCCACGGUGUGUGUGUGUGUGCAGAGCAGCAUGGCGGUGGGUCUGCAGGUCCUGGGUCUGGUUCUGGGCGUCGUGUCCUGGUGUCUGACAUCCAGCUGUACGUCGUCUCAGGUGUGGAAGGUGAGGAGUCAGGCCGAGUCCGUCGCCACCAGUCAGUGGCAGAUGGAAGGUCUGUGGAUGAGCUGCGCUGCCACAUCGAUGGGAUCCAUCCAGUGCAGCAAGUUCAAGACGGUGCUGGGACUGCCGGCUCACCUGCAGGUGUGCCGGGCCUUGAUGAUCUUGUCCCUGCUGGUCGGUUUGGCCUCCAUCAUCGUCUCCGUGCUCGGACUCAAGUGCACCAAGAUCGGCAGAACCUCUGAGCACGUCAAAGACCAGAUCGCCCUGAGCGGAGGAGUCCUGUUCAUCCUGUCCGGUUUGUUCACUCUGAUCGCUGUGUCCUGGUACGCUGCACGAGUCAUCCACGACUUCAACAACCCGUACGGAGCAGUGCGGUUCGAGCUGGGCACUGGGCUGUAUCUGGGCUGGGGAGCUUCCUGUCUGGCUCUCCUGGGAGGCUCCAUGCUCUGUUGCUCCUGUAAGAAGAAGUAUCCCACUCCUCCUGCACGGCAGUUUUCAUACAACUACUCCAACAGCAGUCGAGGGCCGAGCAUCUACAGAGCAGCUCCAGCUUCAGACAACGUUAGCACCAAAGCUUACGUCUAAACCUCCCGAAAAACUUCUGCGUAGGUUACAGCUGAUCCUCAGAGGGCUGAACUCUGCAGGACUCAGGAUCAUGUUGGAUCUUUAAGCAAUAUACUAAAUUUUAUACCGAAGACGUUUUUUUUGUGUCCUGAUGAGGAAUUUUAUUGUAAAGAUCACUCAUUCUUUGAUUUAUACCUAUAAUUAUUUUUAUACUAUUGAUGCCAUUAUAUAAUAAGAAUGUCUAGUAAUUACCUGAAGAUUUAUGUGUGUGAAGAGUUUCAUUUCGUUGUAAAUAAAAUGUUCCCUGAA